CGGGCUUCUAGGCGGUGAUAGUUUGAGUGAUGGCCGGGCGAGGGCUUGAAGACGAAGAGACGACUAUGCACCGUGCGUUUCAGGAGUUUAUUAGUAAUGACAGAGACUUUCCGACUAGAAGGAGAAGUUCCAUUGACAUGCAGUUUGCACGGUCUUUUGCUGCUUCAACAGACGAUUCCUCAUUAUUACAGACAAGCGCAGCUUCUACCUCUAGCGAAUUGUUUCCUGCAGAAAGGCUGUCUUACAGAGCCCAGAUUGCCAGUCUAGAGACCAAAGUAGAUUCCGUUCAACGUGAAGCCAAAAUCAGACGUUUUGAGACACAGCAGUUAGUCGAGGACGAGGCAGCCAAGGUGAAACAGAGAGAUGAGAGGAUUGAAGAACUGCGCAGACAGAGGGGAUUGAUGUGUGAUCGCACGAAUACCCUUGAAGAGCAGCUUGACGAGAUGAAAGAGAGAAUGGAGUCUGGAAGAAGGGUGUACGAAGAAAGAAUACGCAAGCUGACUCUAGAGAAGAAAGACUUGAAAACGAAGCUGGAUGUGGCAAAAGAAACUGCUCAGGAAAAAAUCAUUCAGAUGAACGAGCUACUCACAAGGCAAGAACAUGCAAAUGCUAAACUGGAGUCGAAACUUAAAGAAACGUCAGCGCAGCUGGACAGGUGUGAGAUGAAAAGCAGACAAACUGCUGCCAAGCUAACAGAACUGGAGGGUUGUGAACAUAGGGAAAGACAGGCAGUGCACAAAGUGAAGGAAUUGGAGAGUUUAGUUGAGCAGUAUCGGGCAAAGAUAAAGGCAGUUGAAAAUAGCCAUAGCCAAUUGAUGAAAUUCAGUUCACUUAAACAGAAAUGCCAAAAUCUUGAACAGGAGAAUAUGGGUCUCAGGAAACUGGCUGAUAAUAAUGCUGUGUUGAUGGAGCAGAACGCAAGUGUGGAAGCCAAACUUCAGAGAGCAGAAGCAAGGUUGGUCAAUGCAGCUAAAUUGGAACUAGAAAAUGAAGAACUGAAGAGAAUUUCUAAACUGUGGGAAACCUGUGACACAGGUGGUGCUGUGAGAGUCAGAACUCCUCAAGAGAUGAGUCGAAUGCUAGCUGAACUACAGCAAAGACACUGUGUUGUGGUAGAAGAGAAAGGACGCCUUGCCACCAGACUGAAGAUUUUGGAGAGCAAUUUGGAAGCAGCUAAUCAGAGACUUGCCAAAUGUGAACAUGAGUUUGUUCAAGAGCAGGAGAAAUCAAAGAAAGCUGCCGAGGCAUUGAAAAAAUUGGAAAGAAAGGUUCAUUUCCUGAAAACGGAUCGUGAUAAAAUCAGAAAUUCUUUGAAGUCAUACGAAACUGAAAUCAAACAACUUAAAAGUGACCACAGACAAGAGAUUCAAUUGGCAAGACAAGACAAAGAAAAGUUAGUGGAGCUUGUCAAAGAGUUGGAAAGAGAGAUAGAAGCUGUAAGAAGGCAAACACCGGCAGAGUCAACAGCAAUAGAUCCCCAAAUUGAGGCCGCCGCUAUGUCAAAAGUCAUGCGUUUUGCUGGCCCGGGAAAUCCUCUCGAAGCCGUCAAAUCAGACCAUAGACAAAAGCUCGCUCUCUUGAGAAAAGACAACCAACAGUUGAGGCAGCAACUGCAAGCAGCUCUAGGUGGCAAACAAGUGCCGACGGGCGGUGUAGGAGGUCAUUACGAUAUAGUAGAGCUGCAAGAAAAACUCAAGAACGAGCAGACAAAACGAGAGAGAAUGGAAAUGAUGUUUCAAGCCAAAGCGCGCGAUUUCCGCAAUGCCGUCUACUCAUUGCUCGGAUACCGCAUCGAUUUAAGACCAGACAACCAGUGUCGACUGACGUCGAUAUACGCAGAAAGAGAUGAAGACCACUUGAUUUUUGAAGUCAAUGAUGGUGGGAGGUGUGUAGCCAUGAAAGAUACGCAAUUCUCCGCCGGAUUAUCGGAGUUGGUUGAAACGUAUUUGAGGAAACACAAGUCGGUGCCGGCUCUUCUAGCAUCGCUGACGUUAGACCUAGUGCGUAAUCACACUCUGAUACAACUUUAACGACCAAUCUCCAUGCAAGUCAUAAAUACAAAGAUAUAUAUAUAUAUAUAUAUAAAUGUCUGGCUUAUCUUACAUUAGCAAAGUCAUGUAAAACACAGUUAUUAUUUGGU